AUGACGGGCAACCCUUUCAACACGUACCUACUGGCGCUGAAUGAGCGCAUGGUGGCCGAGGAACGGAAGGUGUUGCUGCUGGUCGACAACGCGCCGCCACACAAGCCCGACGACGAAUCUCUCUAUGUACACGAACGUCAAGGUCAGGAUGCUUCCAAAGAAUACGACGUCCCACCUGCAGCCCCAAGAUGCUGGAAUCAUCGCUUCGUUCAAGGCCAAG